UUAUUAGAAAAUCAGUCACACUCUGUGGAUGUUUCCUCGGCACGCGCACUGGUCGGACUGAGAUUGUGCUCACAGGGUCGGCCGCUCGCGCCGGUAAACACGCGCAACCUGCUCCCCGCUCCUGCUGCCACACCCCCUUUCUCACGAGCACUGAAUGGUACGUCCCGGUGAUGCCGAACGUGUCAGACAGUUGAAAAUCCAUGAAGACUUGAAUUUAAAUCCUAACCAUUCAGAAUACGACGCUCCCUUCGCGUGCGAGUGUGCUUGUGUAUAUGAGUAGCCGCAUCCCGUUUCACUCAGCAUCCGCUGUCGCGCAUUUCCCGGUAACCGAGCACCGCGCUUCUCCCGUCUCACCGGAGUCACCGCGUCUCCGACCGAGGAGCUCUGCUUUCUGAAGGAUAAACGCGAGGAUUCGGUGCCGGACCCUUUCCCCACAUAUUUACCAGAGAUUAAAUGAUCUAUCCGGGGAUUUUACACUGAAUCAUGCUCAGCGUUGACGAAGUGUGCUUUGAGUGAGUUUUUGAGAUUUCUGAGUGUGUGUGUGUGAUAUUGUGAGAGCAGAGAUGGAUGAGAAGCUGUACCAAUCUCUGGCCCGGCCCCACCCCGGCCUGGAGCUCAGUUACUCCAGCUCAUCUGAUGAAGAGGAUGGUACCAACCUUCAUCACAAACACUACAGAGAGGCGCACACCCGUCCUGAUUACGAGCCUGACCGCAGAUUCACCUACAACAGCCACAAAGUCCGCAGGAAACCCUUGGAGCAUCCCCAGAAUGAUUUCUCGGAUCCUUCCCAGACUGUGUUCCCUGAUUUCCAGACAGAGCUUCACGCAGCCAAUCAGGAGCUUGCAUACCCAGGAGGCGUGUCUGCAAGUGUUCCCUCUGAUCCUGAAUCCGAGGGCGGCGCUUCUCCCGACCACGCCCUGCGCUUGUGGAUGCAGGAAGUGAAGUCCGAGCACAGCUCCUGCCUGUCGAGCCGAGCGAACUCAGUUCUGUCCCUCACCGAUACAGAACAAGAGCGCAAGUCUGAGCCAGAGAACGAUCUCCCUUCCAGCCCCGUGGCUCAGUUCACAUUUCGACCUCUGCCACCACCUCCUCCGCCGCCCCACGCGUGCACCUGUGCCCGUCCAGCCCCGGCUCCCCUUCCAGAGGUGGGGCAGAGGAGCACGCUGCCAGCCCGAUGCCAACCGCUGGAAUCUGGGAAUAAAGCCGGACAGGAUGACAACGGGCAGACGCACAAUACCUGGGCACUGAACAGCAACAUACCACUAGAGACCAGGCACUUCUUGUUCAAGCACGGUUCCGGAUCGUCUGCCAUUUUCAACGCGGCCAAUCAGAAUUACCCUCUGACAUCCAGCACGGUGUAUUCGCCGCCUCCGAGGCCUCUACCCAGAACCACCCUCUCCAGACCACUCUUCUCAUUCAGUAAACCCUAUCGCUGCUGUAACUGGAAAUGUACGGCUUUGAGCGCCAGCGCAAUUACGCUGACUCUCGCUCUACUGCUGACGUACAUCAUCGUCGUUCAUUUGCUGGGGUUGCCGUGGCAUCUGAAGCGAGUGGAAGGAGAGCUCUAUGAGAAUGGUAUGAGUAAAGAUGAUCAGCCUCUGCCGGGAGCCGAUUUCACCUUCACUCCUGUCCACCUGCCAGGACUCAACACCACACAGCCAGAUAAAGAGGUGAUUCAGCGAGGCAGGGUGAUAGAGAGGGGAGAGGUGGUCGUCGGGACUCAGCUGGUACAAGCAAUUCCUCCUGGACUCUUCUGGAGGUUUCACAUUAUGGUUCACCACCCUGAGUAUGUCAAGUUCAACAUCUCACUCACACGGGAUGCUCUGCUGGGUAUCUACGGCAGGAGGAAUAUACCACCUACUCACACGCAGUUUGACUUUGUGAAGUUGCUGGAUGGGAGACAGCUGAUAAAGCAGGAUUCCCGGAAUGUCAAAACUCCGAACGCUCCUCCACGGAGUCUGCUGAUGUCUGCUCUGCAGGAGACCGGUUUUGUGGAAUAUCUUGAUGUAGGCACCUGGUACCUGGCUUUCUAUAACGAUGGCCGCAAGAUGGAACAGGUGGUAGUGUACAGCACACCCAUUGAAACAAUAGACGGUUGCUCCACGAACUGUAAUGGUAACGGAGAGUGUGUGGCUGGACACUGUCACUGUUUUACUGGCUUCCUGGGGCCAGAUUGUUCAAAAGACUCUUGCCCAGUGCUGUGUAGUGGUAAUGGUGAUUACGAGAAAGGUGUGUGUGUAUGUCACAUUGGAUGGAAGGGGGCGGAGUGUGAGGUGGAGGAAGGCCAGUGUAUCGAUCCCACCUGUUCCAACAAUGGAGAAUGUGUCAACGGAAUCUGUGUGUGUGCUCCUGCAUUCAAGGGCGAUAACUGUGAGCAAGUCGAUUGCGUGGAUCCUUUGUGCUCUGGUCGGGGUGUGUGUGUGCGCGGUGAGUGUGUGUGUUCCGCAGGCUGGGGAGGUGAGAGCUGUGAGAUGGCACUUCCUGCCUGUAAAGAGCAAUGUUCAGGUCAUGGAACGUACCAAGCCCAGACAGGGGGGUGUGUGUGUGAGCCGGGCUGGAGUGGCGACGACUGCACCAUGGAGGUUUGCCCCGUUCCCUGCAGCACCCAUAGUGUGUGUGUUGCUGGACGUUGCCAAUGUGAGGAGGGGUGGGAAGGGACCACUUGUGACAAACAGGCAUGCCAUCCAACCUGUGAAGAGCAUGGAGAGUGCAGGGACGGACAAUGUGUCUGUCAGCCUGGUUGGGAGGGAGAGCACUGCACUAUUGCAGCACAUUACCUGGAUCUGUUUGAUAAAGAUGCAUGUCCUGGGUUGUGUAACGGUAAUGGACGCUGUACACUGGAGCAGAGCGGUUGGCAUUGUGUGUGCCAGUCGGGAUGGAGUGGCCCGGGCUGUAACGUUGUCAUGGAAACCGAGUGCAAUGACAGUAAAGAUAAUGACAGCGAUGGCCUCGUGGACUGUGUCGACCCAGACUGUUGUAGUCAGCAGAUGUGUGUGAGUGCCCCGCUGUGCCAAGGCUCGCCUGACCCACGUGACAUCAUUCAGCAGAGCCACGCCCCUUUCGAGGCACGCCCUUCGCGUCAGUUCUUCGACCGUGUGCGAUUUCUCAUUGGACGGGACAGCACACACAUACUGCCAGGAGACCUGCCAUUUGACAGCAGUCGAGUGUGUGUAAUUCGAGGUCAGGUUUUGGCCUCUGAUGGAACUCCUCUCGUUGGUGUGAAUGUCACGUUUCAGCAUAACCCUGAAUAUGGAUACACACUCAGCCGACAGGACGGCAGCUUUGAUCUUCUGGCAGUGGGCGGAAUCUCUGUUACUCUAUUGUUCCAGCGAGCCCCAUUUUUGUCCCAGAUUCGUUCAGUCUGGCUUCCCUGGAACCAGUUCAUGGUCCUGGACCGAGUUGUAAUGGAAAGAGCUGAAUCCAAACCACCUGUCUGUGACCUGAAAAACCUGAUCAGUCCACACGCCGUUGUUCUCUCCGCCCCUCUCCCACGAUUCGCCGCCGACUGUGAGGACAGAGGAACUGUCGUACCUGAGCUACAGGCGGUCCAAGAGGAGGUGGUUAUCCCCGCUACAAUUCUGAAGUUAAGCUACCUCUCGUCCAGAACUCCAGGCUAUCGGUCUCUCCUGAGGGUGGUUCUGACCCACUCCACCCUCCCUCCGGGCUUGGCCAAAGUCCAUCUGUCUGUGGCUGUCCAGGGUCGGCAGCUUCUGAAAUCAUUUCCUGCAGCUCCAAACCUCAUAUUUGUUUUCUCUUGGAAUAAAACCGACAUCUAUGGACAGCAGGUCACGGGGCUGGUGCAGGCACACGUCUCUGUUGGAUACGAGUAUGAAUCGUGUCUGGACGUCGUGCUCUGGGAGAAGAGAGUUGCUCAGCUGCAGGGCUUUGAGCUGAUGCCAUCCAACCUGGGCGGAUGGACACUGAACCAACACCACGUCCUAAACCUGGAGAGUGGUAUUCUUCAUAAAGGAAAUGGAGAGAAUGUCUAUAUUUCCCAGCAGCCUUUGGUCAUCUCCACAGUGAUGGGGACAGGGGCGGUCCGUGCCAUCCCAUGCCCAAACUGCAACGGCCCAGCUGUGGAGCAGAAACUGUUUGCCCCUAUCGCUCUGGCCUGCGGCUCGGAUGGAAGUGUGUAUGUUGGUGAUUUUAACUACAUCCGCAGGAUUCUGCCCAACGGAUUCUCCAUCAGCAUCUUGGAGCUCAGAAAUCGUGACAUUAGACACAGCUCCAGUCCGGCUCAUAAGUACUACUUGUCUAUGGAUCCUGUGCACGAGUCUCUCUAUCUGUCGGACACAAGCAGCGGGAAGCUGUACCGGCUGAAGACUCUGACUGAACCGAAAGAUCUCAGCAGGAACGUGGAGGUGGUGGCUGGCAGCGGGGAGCAGUGCACACCCUUCCACCCAAACCAGUGCGGCGAUGGAGGCAAGGCCACUGAAGCAGCGCUCAGUAACCCCAGGGGUAUCGCAGUGGACAAACGCGGGUUAAUUUACUUUGUUGAUGGAUCAACGAUCCGUAAGAUUGAUGACAACGGAGUGAUAACAACCGUCAUUGGGUCAAAUGGACUCACCUCCUCUCAGCCAAUCAGCUGCGACUCUCGAAUGGACAUCAGCCAGGUGCGUUUAGAGUGGCCCACAGACCUGGCAGUGAGUCCGCUGGAUAACUCUCUCUACGUUCUUGAUAAUAACCUUGUGCUCCAGGUGAGCGAGUCCCAGCAGGUGCGAGUGGUUGCCGGACGACCUAUCCAUUGCCCCAUGGCCAGUAUUGAACCGGUGAUUCUGGGGAAAACAGCGGUGCGGUCUGUUCUGGAGGGAGCGAAAGCUAUUGCCGUCAGCCACCAAGGGGCUUUGUACAUUGCCGAAACCGACGACCGGAAGCACAGCCGUGUACAAGAAGUGUCCACAAAUGGAGAAAUGGUUAUUAUAGCGGGUGUGACCAGUGAAUGCGAUUGUAAGAUUGACCCCAACUGCGAGUGUUUCUCAGGUGAUGGAGGUUAUGCUCGCGACGCCAAGCUGAAGUCUCCCUCAUCUCUGGCAGUUUCUCCUAAUGGCUCCCUCUACAUCGCUGACCUCGGGAAUGUUCGUAUACGUCGGCUCACAGCUAACCAUCCACAGCUCACUCCCGAGGGCCUGUUCGAGCUCACCUCGGUGGCAGAUCAAGAGCUCUACCUGUUCAGUCCAAAUGGUACUCACCUGUUCACCCGCAGCCUGGUAACCGGGGACUACUUACUUAACUUCACAUAUACCCUCGAGGGCCACCUGAGCAGCAUAGCAAGCAGGGAGGGCACGAUCGCGCAGUUGCGGCGGGAUGCUAAUGGCGUGCCCCUGUGGCUCGUAGCCCCGGGCGGACAGGUUUACUGGCUGACCAUCAGCAAUGCCGGGAUGCUGAAGCGCAUCUCGGCUCUCGCUCACGACCUCGCGCAGCUCAGUUACUACGGCAACACAGGGCUACUCGCUACCAUCAGCAAUGAGAACGGCUGGACUACUGUCUACGAGUAUAACUCUGACGGACACCUCAUCAACAUGACCUUGCCGACUGGAGAGGUCAGUAGUUUCCAUGGAAACAUGGAGAAAGCUGUCAGAGUGGAAGCCACUGCCUCGAACAGAGAAAACUUUAUUAUAAUUACAAACCACUCUGCGGAUAACACCAUCUACACACUUCGACAAGCUCACUCUGUUGGUGUGUACGGUGUUCGAGAUGACGGCUCUCUAUGGGUGACAUAUGCCAGCGGGAUGGACGUUACUCUCAGUACUGAACCAACCGUGUCAUCAGGGUUGUUGCCAGGGGCAUCGGCAGGCCUCGUCCAUCCCACAGUCGGAAGGUGCAACAUCACGUUGCCAGGGGAACCAGCUCACAGCCUGAUAGAAUGGAGACAAAGGCGUGAACAGGCCAAAGGGAAUUACACAGCAUAUGAACGGAGACUGAGGGCUCACAACAGGAAUGUGUUGUCUAUUGACUAUAGUCAAGAGAGUCGGGUUGGGAAGAUCUAUGAUGACCAUCGCAAGUUCACUCUGCGCGUUCAGUACGAUGACAAGGGCAGGCCUGUGCUAUGGACCCCCAGUAAAUACAAUCAAGUGCGAGUAUCGUACUCGAGCGAAGGUCUGGUCACCAGCAUACAGAGAGGCAACUGGACCGAGCGUAGGGACUACGAUAACGGACGCAUCAUCACACGGACAUGGGCCAAUGGGAAGAUCUGGAGCUACACUUUUCUGGAAAAGUCUGUCCAGCUGUUGUUACACAGUCAGCGGCGCUAUACAUUUGAGUAUGAUCAGACUGACUGUCUGCUGUCAGUUACCCUCCCCAGCAUGGUGAGACACAGCCUGCAGACCUCUCUAUCUGUGGGAUACUACCGAAACACCUACACCCCACCCGACUCACCCACCUCCUGCUUCACGCAAGACUACGCCCACGAUGGGCGCCUGCUCCAGAGCCUGUACCUGGGCACUGGCAGGCAUGUAAUCUAUAAAUACAGCCGAGUGGCCCGGCUGGCUGAGAUCCUCUAUGAUUCAACACUUAUUACCUUCACCUAUGACGAGGCAACAGGUGCUGUUAAAACCAUCCACCUGAUGCAUGAAGGAUUCGUUUGCACCAUCCGCUACAGACAGACAGGUCCUUUGGUGAGUAGACAAAUAUAUCGUUUCAGCGAAGAAGGAUUGGUUAAUGCUCGCUUCGACUACAGCUACAACAACUUCAGAGUCACCAGCAUGCAAGCUAUGAUCAACGAAACGCCACUUCCGAUUGACCUCUACCGCUACGUGGACGUGUCGGGACGAAUCGAGCAGUUCGGGAAGUUCAGCGUUAUCAACUACGACCUGAACCAGGUCAUCACCACACAUGCCAUGAAGCACACUAAAAUCUUCAACCCAACUGGGCAAGUCAUCGAGGUUCAGUAUGAGAUUCUGAAAUCCAUCGCCUACUGGAUGACACUGCAGUACGACAGCAUGGGACGUGUCAUAAAUUGUGAUAUUCGCAUCGGCGUGGACAGCAACAUCACGCGCUACGCGUACGAGUAUGACGCAGAUGGGCAGUUGCAGACAGUCGCCAUAAAUGACCGCCCACAGUGGCGUUACAGCUACGACCUAAACGGAAACAUCAAUUUACUGAGUCACGGUAACAGUGCACGUUUGACACCGCUACGCUAUGAUCUCCGUGACCGCAUCACACGCCUUGGAGAGAUCCAGUACCGCACCGAUGAGGACGGGUUCUUGCGUCUCCGUGGCAAUCUUCUCUUUGAUUACGGUUCGAAUGGACUGCUUUUAGGCGCCUACGACCGGGACAGCGAACAGAGGAUGUGGUACCGUUACGAUGGGCUCGGAAGGAGAGUGGCCAGCCGUAGUAGUGACGGAGCACAGCUGCAGUUCUUCUACGCUGAUCUGAUGGAACCGACACGGGUGACGCACCUGUACAACCACAGUAGUGCGGAGAUCACUUCCCUCUAUUAUGACCUUCAAGGACACCUCAUCGCCAUGGAGAUGAGCAGUGGCGAGGAAUUCUAUAUAGCUUGUGACAAUGCUGGAACUCCUCUUGCAGUUUUCAGUAGCCGCGGCCACGUGGUGAAGGAAAUUCGGUACACACCGUAUGGAGACGUUUACCGAGAUUCCAACCCCACCUUUCCUCUCGUCUUUGGCUUUCAGGGUGGCCUCUAUGACUCUUUCACACGGUUGGUGCAUCUCGGUCGUCGCGACUAUGACGUGGUCGCUGGAAGAUGGACGACGCCCAAUCACGAAUUGUGGGCCGAGCUGAGUGUGAAUCCCAAGCCAUUUAAUUUAUAUUCAUUUAGGAACAAUUAUCCUCUGGGAAACUUACAGGAUGUAACCAAGUUCACAACAGAUAUCAGUAGCUGGCUGCAGCUCUUUGGGUUCCAGCUUCAUAAUGUGGUUCCAGGGUUCCCCAAACCAAAGGUGGAGAACACAGAGCAAACAUAUGAGAUGAUGGCCACACAGAUCCGCACACAAACCUGGGACACCAGCAAGAUUGUACUUGGGAUCCAGUGUGACCUUCAGAAGCACUUGAAAAACUUUAUUUCAUUGGAUCGCCUCCCCAUGACUCCAGCCAAUGGGAAAAUUGGAGGUCGGCAGGGUCGCAGGCCAAUUUUCUCUGCCAUUUCUUCAAUUUUCGGCAAAGGUGUGAAAUUUGCCGUCCGUGAUGGAGUGGUGGCGACUGAGAUAAUCGGCGUGGCAAGCGAGGACAGCCGUCGUGUGGCGGCUGUGCUGAACGGUGCUUUAUACCUGCGUGGCCUCCAUUUCACGGUGGAAGGCCGCGACACCCACUAUUUCACCAAGGCCGGCCCACUCGAGGCAGAUUUGGGAGUGGCCGGGGGCGGUGCCGGAGGCGGUGUCAGAGUGUUGGAGAACGGCGUAAACGUCUCCGUGUCCCAAAUAAGUGCUAUGGUUGGAGGGGAAAUGCGGCGAUUCGCUGACAUUGUGCUCCAGCAGGGGGCGCUUAGCUUUAACAUUCGCUAUGGAGCAUCGCCCGAGGAAGAACGCACACGCGUGCUGGAGGCGGCUCGAAUACGAGCUGUGCAAGGGGCAUGGCUACGGGAGCAGAAGAGGGUCCUGGAGGGGGAGGGCGGAAGUUUGUCAUGGACUGAUAAAGAAAAGGAUGAGCUUAUUGCAGAGGGCCGUGUCUCAGGGUAUGAUGGCUUCUACGAUCUGCCUGUUGAACAACACCCUGAGCUCGCAGACAGCCCCUUCAACAUUCACCUGAUCAGACAUGUGGAAACCGGUCGCAGGUAACAGCGGCACUUCAGCACACGCCUACACACCCCUUUAUACACUCCAAGCUACCACAUAUCUCUUCAGCUUUUUUUUUUUUUUAGAACCCCAACCAAACAAAGUGAGAGACUCUAUUGCCUUUAAAAUGUGACAAAUGAUGGUAUUGAUUUAGCAUUUGUUGAUGCACUCUUGGCAAGUUCAGAUUCCUGUUUUUCGUUUUUGUUUCUUUUCUUUCUGUUUUACAGUGGCUUUACCGUUCUUACUAAAGAACAAGCCUUGCUUGCCAAUCUGAAGGCGCAGAGAAUGAUUCACCUGUGACUGUUCUAGACAUACAUAAGGAGUCUUCAUCUCUACACGUGCUGAUUCUCUCAUUCGAGCGUGUACAGUAAUCAUUCGACUUGUCGAGUCAAACUGGUUAUGGCAUUAAAUCGUGCAAACCUGAGGGGUUUCCUUGUGAUUUCAUUGAGCGCACUUUAAAUGACUUUCCAGAAACUCGACGUUUAAUCGGAGAUCUGGAACUUUCACAUUCACAACAGCGUUCUGGAGUCCUGGAGAAGUAUCUGACUCAAAAGUGUCACAAAACUUAACCCCUUAGCAGCAAGAGAUUCACAGUGUUUGGAGUCUUGGCUAGAGCUCACCACCAUCUUGUGUUGUUUCUGCUUAAUCAGUGUUGACGAAGCUGAGAGAAUUACACCGCUGCUGUGGAAGACAAAUUUGUUUGUUUUUUUUUUGCUAAAACUGUACAGUUUACUUUUCUUUUUUUUCCCAAUGUAGAAAUAAAUUUUAAAAAAAUAUGUAUGUGUAAAUUGUGCCUUCCUGGUCUGCUAGAAACGAUCACAUGAAACGGGCUUAGACAUAUUGUACAUAAUCAACUUCAGUAUUCGUCACAUGCCUUAGUUAUAUGUAAUCAUUUAUUUUUUGAUUAUUUUUUAUUUAUUUACGUUUGGCUCGCAGGAGCCAAAAACAUGAAUGCUAAUUCCUGUGAAGUGAAUUCUUGUAAACAUACCCCAGGAAUUAAACACAGUGGCAUAAACAUGUCCCAGUUUACAGUUAAUAUGCUGCUCUUUUUUAUUUAUUGUCAUGUGAUUUCACGUGAUGUCAUGUGAACUCACCUCACGUGUCUGUCAUUUUGGUUUCAAAAGAGUGUCAAAGCUCCACCGGUUUGGAUUUUUUCAGUACUAUGACUGGUCCUUUUUCUUUUUUCUGAUCCCUCUCGAAACUAGUAGGAGGCCUGAGGAGGAAGAUGUGUAAGGAAAUGAAAGAAUCACCUGCUAAAGAACGGUAUUUUUGUCUUUUACAAACUAUUAAAGUCUGCAGCACUGUGGGUAGACGUUCUGUGUGUAGGACUCUUGAUAUGGACUUGUAUAUCAUUAAUGGACUAUUGUAGACUGUUUAUAGAUACUGGACUAUUUAUACAUGACACUCAAAAGAAUUAGGAGUAAAUGUAUUUUCUUGUGAAUUCUGUGGAUAUGCUGUACCAUCAAGCUUUGUAACCUUAAUCUGAGAUAUAUAUUUGCACUGAAUAUGAGGUGGAGAUAAAUGCAUUAGACUGAAUUUUUAGAGUGUGCAAAUAUUAACAGAUUUGUGCAGGAGGUGCUCUAAAGGCACGUCGCGUUUCCGAUAUUUUGCAGAUGUUCAUUUCCACUGGAGUACGAUUACUUUGCACGAGGAAAAAAAAUUGUGGCAGAAAUAUUUUUUUUUUGAUCUUAGUUUGCAUCUUUGUCAUUAUCACAAUCAUUGCUGAAAUGAAAAAGGAAUAUGUAAUUUUUUAUGAUCAAAUCAUCUUCCUCUCUCAGAAGUCAAGUACUAAAAAAAAUUUCAGUGUCCUCUCCUUGGCCAAACAAGUUCCUGUGGUGUAUAUUUGGCUGAUAGGCUUUAUGUACACAGAUUAAUGCAGUUUGUUAAACAUGCCUAUUUAAAAACAAAGUACUUUGGGCAGUGGCCUUUUUAUAAAUAAAAAUGCAAAUUUAACCCUU